AAACACUCGAAUUUGUCCUGCAAUAUCCCCAAGUUUUAAUUCAUAUUUUUGACAUUUUAAAGCUUUAAAUGGCAGAAAAAUCACCAAAAAGUAAUCUAUGUUCACUUCUACAUAAGGUUGACUUGUUGUUCUGCUUGUGAGAAGAGAAGUUCUUUUACCACUUGUUGAUUGCCAACAGAAACAGCCAGAAAGAGAGGUGAAGCACCACUCUGUUGAUAAAUGAUAAGAGAAUAAAACAAGAAUAAAAGAAGAUUCAAGAAGGGACGGAAGCAAUUGCAUCCAAAGUACUGAAAAUGGUCUAUUAACAUCAAAUUUAAAGUCAAGAACUGAUACUGACGAUGUACUGUGGCUUGAAAUGAACACUAAAGUAGUAUUCAAUACAGAAUGCAUGAAUACGCUUGGCAAGUUGAUAUCAUUAUUACAUUGGACAAACUGUUUCCAUAGAAACAGCAGUCCUGCCCGUGCUAUUCGCGAUAUCCGUGGUUCAUGUCAUGGAAACGGCUUUACAGCAUGUGGAUUUUUCAUCGCUAAGCCAGGAAGAGGCCACUGCUCUACAAAAUGUCCUAUUACGACAAAAAGAGUUCGAAGAACUUAAUGGAAUUCGACGAAAGGACUUGAGAUUAGAACUGAUACAGUUAGAAGAAAGGCUAGCUUUAGCUGAGAAAAGCGCAACAGACAAGCAGCUUUGUCAAAUUUGUUUCAAGACCAAAGUAGCUGAUGGUUUGCGGUUGAACUGCAGGUUCUGCAGCCGUAAAACAUGCACUCGAUGUGGACACACGGAACUUGGUAGAACGAGUUGGAUGUGUCAACUCUGCUCUAAAAAAAGACACUGUCUUACUUGUACUGGAGACUGGUACGUUGGCAAUGAACCUUUAUCUGCAAACGCGCAAUUUUUUCUUGAUAAACUUGGAGAAAGCAGCACAGCCAGGAUGUCCCGGAGUAGUGUGAGGGAGCCUACUAUUCCACGAUUCUCUACUAAUAAUGAUAUAAGGGAAAUUCUUCAAAGCACUUCCUCAAGAGGAACAUCUAUUGGUGACACCCAAGAUACCUAUAGCUACAGCGUAUGUAACGAGCCUGAAUAUCUUAGUCUUCCAGUCCACGAACCCAGACGACGUGGUUUGAGCGAAUUCAGCACUGAGAGUGAAUUUACGUCGUGUUUUUCGGUAUCGACAUAUUCUGAUGGGGGGAUGCCUGCAUUGAACCUAGUGGAACCAACAGAUAGUGAAUGUGACAGUUCCGACAGCUCAGGAAAAAAUGAAACGAUAGGCAGGAGAAAAAAGAAGAGAGCAGAGGAAAGCAGAGACUCAAAAGGCAGACCGAUGAUUGAGCGUUUAACAUUAUCAAGAGAGACAACAAGCCAACGGUUAAUGUCCAGAGAUACAGCUUUUGGGGUUCAUAUAGUUGGCGGGAAGACAUCUAUUGGCGGUAUUAUGGGAGCGUUUGUUGUCGGCGUUAUUCCUGGUACUAAAGCACAAGAAUUACUUUGCAUUGGUGAUCAGGUUAUAGAGUGGAACAACAUAUCCUUAGUUGAUGCAACAUUUGAAGGGACGCACGAAGCAGUAGCAUCAUCUUCUGAUGAAGUGUCUAUUGUAGUUUGUCAUGUAAGUAAAACAGAUCAUCAAUCCCCACGACCUUCGUGCAGUCAAAUAGUCAGCGAUGCUAUAGAAAAGACAAGAGCAAGCUUUGCUAGAGAAGCAAGAAGUUGCAAUUCUCAAGAAGAGCUACUUCAAUUGAUCCGCAGCAGAUCCCACAAUGUUGUAGCUGACAGCAUUUCUUGCAGCAACUCUCUCGGCGUUGAAGCCAACGCCUCGGAAACGAUGAAUUUUUGGUCGCACUCAUCUGGAAAUGAUAGAAGAAGUGGGCUCAAGAUAUCUUUAUGGUACGAUCCCGGAGGACUCAAUCUCAUCACCAAAAUAAUUGAAGCACGAAGAUUGCCAUUGGGAACGACUCCAGGCGAUGAACUUCCCAACCCUUAUGCCGUGGUUAACCUACUGCCUAUCAGAGAUGUUUCAACUCAGUUUAGGACCGGCGUUAAAUUUCAGACCCAAUGUCCUGUUUGGAAUCUGACUUUCAUUUAUUCCAACAUCACCGAAGAAGAGCUCUCAUCAAGAUCUUUGGAAGUCACACUCUGGAGUGAGCGAAAAACUCGUCGACAUCGAUUUCUUGGUAAAAUCAAAGUGGACUUGAAUGGUAGUGUCCUCAGUAACAUACCUCAAUGGUAUUACCUAGAAGAUUAUUUUGCGUUAUUCGAUGAGAUUUGUAUACCGGUGAACAGACGAUAUACUCUUUCCUCGGGAGAAGACGUGACGAAAUUAUAUGUGGGCAUUGACGAGAUGAGAAAACAAUUUGAGCUGACUUACAAACCACGACGGGCAGCAAGCUACAUUCUAAGGUCGUAUCAGUCUCGAAGAACUAUUGCUGGAGAAUUAGAAUCAGACUUUAGCGAGGGAUUCGGCAAAAGAAGAAAAACAAACUCAAUUCUCUCGAGGAACCGGGCAGAGUCCUGUUCUCUAAACCGACUUCUAAGUUACACAACACCAAAAGGAAAAAAUACCCGAUCUAGAUAUGGUAGCGAAAGUCUUUCCAGAUUCGGAAAUAAUUAUACGAGUAGAAAUCUAGUUGUACCCUCGAUCAGCAGUGCUCCAACAACCCCAUGCUUCGGAGCAUUUGACAAGUCACCGAGUUUUGAUUACCCUUCACUUGCCAGAGCCUUUGACUAUUCGUAUAAUUAUGUCACAGCUUCUAAAGAUGAACGCUCCCCGCUGUCGGCCUCAAGUGGCAGUUCUCAGGCAUGCAAUAACCAAGGACAGUCUCUUGAGUUCAAGUUUGAAGAGAUUCACAAGGACGAAGAAGAUGGAGGUCAUAAAGAAAACAAGAAAGAGGAAUAUGUUGUGCAAACAGAAAUUGACAAGAAAGAACUUAAACCAGAGAUUGAUAAACCAGCUUAUGGUGCUAAACAGAAAUUAGUCCAAAAUAUUUCAUUAAAUCUUCACGAAAGCUCAAACAACAAAAGCGACAAAAGAGAACGUAAAUUAUCCACAAGGACUCGACGACUUUCUUCCCAGGAACGCUCUCAUUCCACAUCAGACUCGUUCAUGUUUGAUGAAGACCCUGAGCAUGGUACUAUUGGCCCGAGUCAAAUCCGUUGUCAUGACAACCAAGAUACGUACGUUAAAACGUACCUAAUCUAUAACGAGAAGAAAUUAAUGAAGAGAAAAUCCUCGACCGUUCGACAAGACUUAAGCCCAGUCUACAACUGCAAAGUCAAGUACGCAGCACGAGAUGUGGAUAGCAAAAUACUUAACGUAUGUGUCUGGCAAAAUCAAGGUUUAUUUGGAAGAAACGUCCCAAUUGGCGAGGUGCACACCUCACUAGACCGUUUAAAUGUCUCCUGCAGAUUUGUAGCUUGGUACAAACUGUUUCCUUUACCUAAUAUAAGCUAAGUUAACCAUCAAAAAGAAACCUCUUUGCCUUGGGCGUAAUGCUUUCCCAUUUCAGGCCACUUGUUAUUUCCCUAGAGUAUCAUUUCUUUGUUCAACGAUUGCACACGAAAAGACACAUGAAUAUGGAUACAACUUGAAUAAAAAAUCUUAGUCUCUAGGCAAUGAACCUUGGUCGAUUUGAAAUGGGGAAACCUACGCCCAAGAUAAAGACGUCUAGUAAGGAAUGUGGAAAGUACGAAGAACGAAGGGAAUAAUCUAAAAUGAAAGCAAGGUAUUUAAACUGGAGCCAAUCAGGAGCAAGCAACAAGAUUGGAUCACUGUGAGCUCUGGAUUCCAAAUUCUAGAAUAUUCGAUCUCAUAUUUAAUAGACUAAAGAACAAAAGGCUUAGUAAAAUGUGUCUCACAGUACAGCCCUGUCUUUGAGUUCGAUCUCUGUCGGAUCCACCACUUUGGCAUAAUGUUUUCCCAUUUCAGACCACCUGUCAUCCUUCCCUCGAGUAUCUUUUAUUGCGCAUGGCAAGACAUAUUUAUAUGAAUACGAUUCAAACAAAGAAUCUUAUUCUCUUUGCGAAUGGUACGUGGUCUGCAAUGGGAAAACCUUACGCCCAAAGUAAAGAUCUAGAAGGUCUACACUGGAAAUAUGCUUUUAAAAACCUAUCAAUACAAUGAAAGCAUCCUGGAAGUUCCAUUGCGUAAAUCAGACUUCUCAAACCUACUUUUUAAAAUACAGAUAAAACUUUGGAACGCCAUCAUCCGAAAUAACUAAACGAGAAUGGUUUCUAAAUAUAAAUACCUUUAUGGAUUUUUUACAUACACUUAUUUCAAUAAAGUUAGUCACCAAUAACCUAGAAAGCUGAGAUCACUGAGGA